AUGAGUUUCCUGAUCAAAUUUCGCAAAUCCCUGCUGGGGAGCUUCUGUGCUGGGAUAUUUGCACGCUUCCACAGACGACCCACCGAUGGCCAGGUGGACCACCAGCGAGGGCAGUAUGUGCUCCCAGCAGAAAGCGAUCCACAUGAGGCAACGAUUCUCGGAUUUCCUGCUCGCUGCUCCCUACCGCCAGAGCAAUAUAACGCAGUCUGUCGCGAGCUCGCAGAACUGGCAGCUGCGAUCACUGAGUUUGAACCCGUCCGCAUCUACGUGCGACCCGAAGAUAAAUCGUGGGCAGAGUCCGUGCUAAAAGAGAGCGUCAAAGGCGGGUCAAGGGUAAGUCUCAUUCCCUGUCCCGUCAACCACUGCUGGGUUCGUGAUACCGGUCCAGUAUAUGUUCACGACGCGACGGGGACGCACUCAGAAAGAAGAUUUGCGUUGAACUUCCGAUUCAAUGAAUGGGGUGGCAAGAAACCCGAGAAUGAUGGAAAGUGCUGGGGUCAGCAAUGGCCCUUGAUGGAUGAGAAGACACUGCAAGAGAAUACGGAAUUCGCGCAGUGGGUCAUUGAACAUGACACCGACCCGUCGCCAGUGACCUGCAUCAAUGCUCCCAUCCGCCUCGAGGGCGGUGCUCUAGUGACAGACGGCGAGGGUACUCUGCUCAUCACCGAGAGCAGCAUCAUCUGUGAAGCCCGUAACCCUGGCAUGUCCAAAUCGGAGAUUGAGACCGAGCUGAGACGACUACUGGGCGUCGAAAAAGUGAUUUGGUUCCCAGGGCGCCGAAACCUGGACAUCACCGACGCGCACAUGGACGCAGAAGCAAGAUUUGUGCGGCCGGGAGUCGUUGUCAUCACGAGACCGCAUGAGGGUGAGAUUGACGUGUGGAAUGAGAUGUCGGCAGAGAUCCACGAAAUUCUGGUCCGCGAAACUGACGCCAAGGGGCGACGCAUAGAGAUCCACAGCAUCGACGAGCCUGACCCGCGAGACUUGGUCCAAAAUCCUGAUGACGAGCUCAUCACCUCGUACGUCAAUUUCAUCUUUGUGAAUGGGGGUCUCAUUAUUCCCAAAUAUGGCGACGCAUUGAAGGAUCAGCAAGCGCUUCAGACUCUACAGACGUUGAUGCCAGAGCGAGUGAUCCGACAGGUCUAUUCCAACGCCAUUCCUCUGACUGGCGGAGUGCUGCAUUGCGUCACUCAGCAGAUCCCUGUGGCGAAGUGA